UCCCAGUAUCGAGCGGCUCUGAGCAUCCUCAAGGUACCACGGGCGCAUUGAAUUAGCUGCAUCCCGGAGGAGGCACAGGGAGCGGAGCCGUCUGCAGGGCGCCCGGGGCACCUGGGCACACAGGGGAGCCCAUCCCAGAGUCUCUCCAGAUCUGGCAGCGACCGUCGAAGGGUCCCCAUGAAGGGCGAAACCCCCGUCAACAGUACCAUGAGCAUCGGGCAGGCCCGCAAGAUGGUGGAGCAGCUCAAGAUUGAAGCCAGCAUGUGCCGGAUAAAGGUAUCCAAGGCAGCAGCUGACCUGAUGACAUACUGUGAUGCCCACGCCUGUGAAGACCCACUCAUCACCCCGGUGCCCACCUCCGAGAACCCGUUCCGUGAGAAGAAGUUCUUCUGUGCCCUGCUCUGAGCCCUACCUGCCCCACCCCUCAGCUACAGCCACCAUAACCCCCACUCCUAGCCUCUCCCCACACCCUGCCCGGGUGAUCAGGCAGGACUUCCCAGGUAGGGCCUGACCCCCCCAAAACCAGCUUUGGAGCUGGGUGUUUGGCUGGAACCACUCCCCCCACCCACCCAAACUUCCACAGACAGGGCACCUACCCUGAGCACAAGUCCCAAAAGCCCCUCCCCUUCAGGGGGAACCUGCCCCACCCCUACCCCACACCUCAAAUCAGGAGGGGGUAUCACACCUCACCCUGGCAGGAGUCACACCAAGACCUCUCCAGGCCUGGGGCAGCUGAAGCUGCAGGCCCAUCCCCAGCAGUGUCACACCAGCCACAAAUCACCCCAUUUCCAUUGGAGGGGGAGGGUGUCAGCUCCCAGCCUGCUGAUCCUGGGUGCCAAAGGGGGAAAGAGGCCCAUCCCCUACCCCCAGGGCUGGUAGGGCAGUGCCCAGAUUGCAGGGCUCAGCCGCUCCAGACAAUGUAAACUGAGACCUUGAGAAUAAAGUAACAGGAGGCACAGA